AUGGGCACCCGUGACGAUGUACCCCCUGCCAAAGUUCCGGCUCCCGUGGCUGUGUACUGUGGCAGCGUUCCCCAGAGCAGUGCUGGGCCCCUUGCUCUCCCGGGUGGAAGCAGUGACUCCAGCCUGAAGACUUUUGGAGAAGCCUCCCUCCAGCCAGUGCCCAGCGCCCUCCUGGAGAAGCCGUCACAGCUCUUGAGUGGACAUGGAGACCCUGGCAGCCUCAAGCUGGAUGCUCCCCUGAAGGGCUGGCAGGCCAGGAACGGCCACCCCAGGAACCUCGCGGCUCUGUCUCCGGGUCCCCACCCACUGGUGCCACUCCCCUCGCUGGAGUCAGAGGCCAACAGUGUGGCCCGGGACACCACCCAGAUCAAGGACAAGCUCAAGAAAAGGAGACUCUCGGAAGGCUUGGCAGCAUCUUCCCGCGCCACUCUGGAUCCCGGCGGAGGCCCCAAAGGAGUUCCCCUGCGGACUGCCAUCCCCCGGGCCACAUCUCAGAGGCUGCUGAGGGUGUCCAGGCCAAUGCCACCCAUUCAGAGCAUCCCCACCACCCCAGAAGCCAGCGGAGCCAAGGAGAAGGGCCUGGGCCCGCCCACAAGCUGUCAGGGUCCCCAGGAGCUGAGACCCGGUGCCCAGGAGGUACAGAUUUCCAAACAGUACUUGCACUGCAAUGAUGAGAAGAUGCACAAGUCCCUGGGGGGCAUUGUGAUCCCACCCAUCCCAAAGACCAAGGUGCCUGCUGGGACCUCCUCCACACCUGGCUCCCUUCCCAGCCUCUUGCCUCUAGGCCAGGACAUCCUCACGGGCCUGAGGCCCCCCACCACACGAUUGGUCCGGGAGCGUGGGCCUCGGGAGAAGACCCCCAGAUCUCUGGAGCCAAGACCUUUGAUUCCACCUGUCAGAGACAGGUCUGCUGCUCCUGAGAAGCCUGCCCUGCCUUUAUCUCAGUCUGCUCCGAUGCUGACAUCCUUCUCCUUCAGCCAUGCCAAAGAAGCUCACCCCUUGUUAAAAGAGGAGGACCAGAAGGGGAGUGGAACCAAGAUUCAGGUCACCAUUGCCAGGUCUGCCCAGGAGAAGAUGAGGCUGAAGCAGAUGAAGGAGAUGGAGUUACUCCGCAGGGCAAAGGAGCCGGAGAGGGACAGAGAGCUCACUUCCCAGAGCCUGGGCUCCCGGAGGACCUUGAUGAAGGAAGCUCAGUCCUUACCCGCGGUGCUCACUUUGGGGUCUCCUGAGUGGGAAGAAGAGGAGGAGGAGACGGAUCUUCGAGCCUUCAGGGAGUUGAGGCCUUUCUCGAACCCUGAGCUGGGGCUGGUGGAUGCCCUGCAUAGCCUGGAGAGCAGUGACUGGCAGAUGAAGGAGAGGGGCCUGGUGAGCAUCCAGCGCCUGGCAGCCUGUCACUCGGAGGUCCUCACCGGGAGGCUACAUGAUGUGUCCUUGGCCGUGACCGGGGAGGUUACCAACCUCCGCUCCAAGGUGUCCCGCCUGGCCAUCAGCACCCUGGGAGACCUCUUCCGGGCCUUGAAGAAGAACAUGGACCAGGAGGCCGAGGAGAUCACCCGCUGCCUGCUCCAGAAGAUGGCAAACACCAGCGGGUUCAUCCAAAGGGCAGCCAACCGGUCCCUGGGGGCCAUGGUGGAGCACGUGACCCCCGCCCGCUCCCUGGUGGCCCUCACCUCCGUGGGCAUCUACCACCGAAACCCCUUAGUCCGGAAAUGCACUGCCGAGCACCUGUCGGUCGUCCUGGAGCAGAUAGGCGCCGAGAAGCUUCUCUCAGGCACCAGAGACAGCACAGACAUGCUGGUGCACAACCUGGUGAGACUGGCCCAGGACUCCAACCAGGACACCAGGUUUUACGGCCGGAAGAUGGUGAAUAUCUUGAUGUCAAACACAAAGUUUGAUGCAUUUCUGAAGCAGUCCCUCCCAUCCCAUGACUUACAGAAGGUCAUGACAGCUAUUAAACAGCAGGGACUAGAAGGUGGUAAUGAAAUUCCAUCUGCCAAAGACCGCAAGGUGUCGAGAAGUCUGGUGGCAUAUGAGAACGGACUGCCUGGCCAGGACGGGCUCAGCUCCAAUGGCCCACGGCUGGUGGGGCUGCGCUCCUCCAUACGGGGUGGCUUGGAGAUGGUGGAACAGCUACGGGAGCUGACUCGGCUGCUGGAGGCCAAGGAGUACCAGUCUCGGAUGGAAGGUGUGGGGCGGCUCGUUGAGCACUGCAGGGCCAAACCAGAGCUCAUCAUUGCCAACCUGGUCCAGGUCUUUGAUGCUUUCACCCCAAGGCUUCAGGAUUCCAACAAGAAGGUGAACCAGUGGGCGCUGGAGUCCCUCGCCAAGAUGAUCCCCCUCCUGAGAGAAAGCUUACAGCCCAUGCUGCUCUCCAUCAUUAUCGCUGUAGCAGACAACCUCAACUCCAAGAACGCAGGAAUUUAUGCGGCUGCGGCAACGGCGCUGGAUGCAAUGGUUGAGAGUCUAGACAACCUUGGCCUUCUACAAGUGUUUGCAGGACGAGUGCGCUUCCUGAGUGGCCGCGCUGUGCUUGAUGUCACAGAACGUCUGUCCGAGCUGGUGGCCUCGGUUUACCCCCGGAAGCCUCAGGCCGUGGAGCGCCACGUCCUUCCCGUCCUCUGGCACUUUCUGAGCAGCAUGACGGGGAACGGCGUCCUGCCCGGGCACAGCGGGAACGUCCGCACGGCCGUCUGCCGGCUGUGCAGGAGCCUCCAGGAGCAAAUGGGCUCCCGGCUGCAGGACUUGGCUGCCGGCGAGCCAAAGCAAGUCCUCAAAACGCUCCAGGAGCUCUUAGACACAGAAUCCCCGUGAGGCAGCUCAAGAGGUCACCGCCACGGGGAAGGCAUCUGACAGCAGGACAACUGGCAGCUCACACCUCUUUCUUCUGGAUUAAAGGUGGAUCUGGAAUGGGCAACCAUUAUUUUUAUCUUAUUUUAUUUUUUAUGAUGGAAUGAUCUCCUGGUCUAUUUUCCCUUAGAGUUCCAGAUGGAUAUGGUAUAUUUUGAAGUAGAAAUAAAAGAAUUGUUUAUUUUU